AUGCGCGGGCGCCUUCUCCUCCUCAAUGUUCCAUCCUGCCCGCCUGCCGCCAUGCCGCCGUCGCGGCCUGAGACCCCGUGUCAGGGUCAGUCGGCCGGCGUCCCACGCGGACGGGUCUUGUCGUUGUCUUGUCUGAGCUCGACGCGCGCGGACGGGCUUCGCCUCGCCUCGCCUCGCCUCUCGGGGCGGCUGCGGCGCGUGUCUACUUGUCCGACAAGCAAAUUGACCCCAUGCAAUACCUACCCAGCACGCGGGGAGCGACUGACUGGCACGGCCGCAUGGUGCUCAUUUGGCGAAGCGCUCUGGCGCCGUGCUGUGCGUGUGUGCGUGCGACGUCCUUCCUGGGGAUCCCUCGCCAGGGCCCCAAUGACAUCAUGCGCAAUUUGA